ACAUAGAUCCGGGAUGGAUCUCUUUGAUAUACUGAAAGCGUGGGAUGGAUGGUUAGUUUAAAAGACCUGUGCGAGCAGCAGCGUUCGAACAUUUUGGUAUUUCGCAGUAUCCAAAGCAUGACAGGAGCUACUAUGAUUGUUACGCUGUUUGCAGUCUUGGGGCUAUUUGCCUCGUUUGCGAGCUGUGACAUUACCAAAGAAGACGUUGUUGCCCGGGGAAUCGAAAGCAGGCCGAUUGCGUUUCAGGCUCAAUUGAGAUACAAGCAAGCAUUUUUCCCCUUAAACGUGCCACUGGUUUUUCCCGUGUGUACAUUGAACGAAGGCAAUGGCUAUAAUGCGAAGACUGGUGCAUUCACAGCACCUGUAGCUGGUCUCUACACGUUUAGUGCUCAUCUAUGUAGCAAACCUGGCAAACAUAUGAGGUUUGCCAUGGUGAAAGGCCCCGCUAUAUUAGCAACUUCGGGUACCUAUGAGAAUACCGCCGUUGGAUGUGCUUUUGUCAACACCAUCGUUAGGCUUAAGAGGGGAGAUAGUGUUAGGGUAGUGGCAAAAUGGAUCAACAGCCACUUAUGGGCAGACAUUUACCGUUGGAAUUCAUUUACUGGCUACCUUAUAAACGCUUAGAUUAAGCUUUAAUUUCUUGUUUAAAGAAGUGCUCUGUGGCUUAAAUGCAUAUUCACAUUCCAAUUAAAACCUGUUUUUAAUAAGUAAAACAAAACAAUUGAAAACACUUAUAAAAAAACGCUUGGAGUGAUAAAUAACACAGUUACAUUUUACAAUUAUUUUCAUUACAUGGAUAUUUUACAGAAUUAGAAAAAAUGUAUAUAAGUGUACAUACUUGCAACAUUUAGUAAAUUUAUAGAUCGAAAACAACUACAUUUUAAAUCAAUAAUACGUAUGCAAUUAGUAUACAAAAAUACGUUUAUAUUGGACUUCAUGAAAACUUACACUAUUAAUGUUACAUAAUUCGCAUGCAAUGAAAGGAACCAUGAAAGGAAAAAAAGUAAAAUAUAACCAAUAACUUAUAAGAAAGUUGCCGGUUGAGUAUGCUUAUUUUAUAUUUCUACACCCGAUUUCUUUUUAUGUUGUUGUUGUUGUUGCUAUUUUCAGUUUUUACUUAUCUUGGAGCGUCUUUUUUGCUUUUGUACUGAUAUAAUUACCCAGAAUCCUAAUAAACAGAUUUCGUUACAA